AAAGUAUUUGAGCUUUCAAUUGAAGAUCAUUCCAGAGAGAAUGGAGUUACAGUUCGGCUUCAUACUACUGGUCAGCGUAGGAUUGACCUAUGGUGUGGCGCCCUACCAUGACCCCCACUGUGGUGGUAAACAGGUCAUCGUGCACCUGUUUGAAUGGAAGUGGACAGACAUUGCCAAGGAAUGUGAGAGAUUCCUGGGACCCAAAGGUUUCUGUGGUGUACAGGUGUCGCCGCCCAUGGAGCACGCCAUGAUAACAACAGACGGAGACCGCCCCUGGUGGGAGCGCUACCAGCCCAUCAGUUAUAAGCUGACCAGUCGUAGCGGAAACGAGGCACAGUUAAAGGACAUGGUCCAGAGAUGCAAGGCUGUAGGAGUUAGAGUGUACGUUGACGCUGUGGUCAACCACAUGGCUGGCCUUGGCAGGAAAGGAGUGGGAACUGCAGGUAGCACUUUUGAUUCAGACGCUCGAGAUUUCCCUGGAGUUCCUUACACCAAGGACAACUUCAAUGACAGGAGUGACUGCCCUUCACAUGACGGUAAUGUUAACAAUUACGGAGAUCCCAAAAAUGUGAGAAACUGUUACCUUGUGGGCCUGACAGAUCUGGACGCGAGCCAGGAAUAUGUCCAGGACAAGAUCAGCGGCUACUUCAAUCACUUGAUCUCACUUGGUGUGGCUGGAUUCCGAGUGGACGCUGCUAAACACAUGUGGCCAAAAGACUUAGAGGGUAUACUAGCUAAGACACAUGACCUACCAGAAGGAGGUCGACCUUUCUUCUACCACGAGGUGAUUGACAGGAAUGAUGGCGCCAUCAAGGUCAACGAAUAUUUCCACCUGGGUUACGUCACUGAAUUCCGCUACAUGCAAAAGGUUAGAGAAGGAGCCAGUGACCUAGGGCGCCUGGGCGCUGUCUACGACCCUGGAUGGGGAAUGGCUCCACCAGACCAGGCCUUUGUCUUUGUAGACAACCACGAUACUCAGAGAGGCAACGAGGCCUUGACCUACAAGAACGGCGCUGAAUACAAGAGAGCUGUGGCCUUCACCUUGGCCUACAACUACGGCUUCACCAGAGUGAUGAGCAGUUACUACUUCACUGACAACAGCGCCGGGCCACCUCGUAACGCGGACAUGUCCGCUAAAGAUGUCAUCAUCAAGUCGGACGGCACCUGUGACAACGGAUGGGUCUGUGAACACAGAUGGAAGUCUAUCGGUAACAUGGCGAUGUUCAGAAACGCUGUGGCCGGAACCAGUGUUGACAACUUCAAGUAUGAGAACGGAGUUUUGUCCUUCAACAGAGGCAACAAAGGAUUCUUUGCCAUGGGCUCUAACCCAUUUAGCAUCUCGGUCAAUACAGGUCUUCCUGCUGGCGAGUACUGCGACCUCAUAAGUGAAUGCGCCCAGAAGAUCAGAGUGGACGGAAGUGGACACGCCCAGGUCAGCCCUAAAGACCCAUCAGACCCGUUUGUGGCUAUCAUAACACAAGGAGGAAACCAUAUAGCAGUGUCCAACAAUCCUGACGUAGGCAACCCAACCACUGGUCACGUGGUGGCCAAUACCCUCCCCCCUUACACACCCAGCGGGUCUCAAAACUUCAAGAGGACGGUCAUCAUGAUUGAAAAGCAGACAAACCCCGGACAAGAUCUCUUCAUCAGGGGUGGUAUCGACUACGCCCAUAGAGCAGGUUGUUCUGCCUCAGCUGCUUUAUCUUCUAACCCCUGCGCCAUUCCAAUCAGACACAUCAACCCAGGCUCCAGCAAUCAUUUCGACAAGGUGAAGGCCUGGAGUGUCGGUGACAACUUUUUAGACUGGGGAGGGCCCGAGCCUGGACAGGGUUCCUAUCAGGGACGACAGCCAGAGGGCACGCCGGCCUACUGGUCAACAAACGACCAUUCGAACUCUGGAUACAGCACUUUGAACAACUACGGCAACCAUUACUGGAUCGUUGAUGUGGAAAUGGACUGCUCCAAGACGGAGAACGGCUUCUUCGAGGUCAAGGCCGUCGUCAACGGGGUGUGGGAGAGUGAUUCCUCCACAUCCGCGCCCUGCUCCGGCCUCGGCUCUCAGAGACUGCCCUACACCACCAAGAAUCACUUCGCUAAAUGCGGCUAUAAGAAUGUCUUCCAUUUCAACAGCCAAACUUGCCAGAUUUCUUCGCUGUAAAUUAGGGAAUACCAAUAUCUGUUGAUUUCAAACCAAAGUAAAUCAAAGUAAAUUUUAUCAGUAAGAAGAUGUUAAAUCUUUUUUUUUUCAAUAUAAUCGUGUUCUUCUUCUUAUUUUUUUUAAUAAAUAAAAAAUAUAAAUCUA